AAGUCAGGUGACCUAUUAUAUCACAUGAUAAAAAUAUGUCAGAAGCACUUAUGUUUGGCUAUUUUGCGUAUGGACAUGAAUAAACAAGAGUGAAUAUACUAUUUGAGAAUUACGUUUAAUUAACGUUCAUUGUGCGUUAUUAGAAAUAGAGCUCUGAAAAUUCUGACAUAAUGGAUAGUGAAUUUCUCCUCGACCAAAAACCUCAAAGUGAAAGUAGACUAGAUCCACAUGUAAGAAGUUAUGAGACAAAAAGAUAUUCUUUCAUUAAAACUAUCGGCACUAUAUGCGUGGCAGCGAUUUUAGGAGCAUUUGGAAUAUAUAUUUCUAUGAACUUGGAUGAACUGAAUGAACACAAUUUAGAAGCAAAUGGAACAAAAACAAGCAUAAAACCGCAGAAGAUACCAUUUACAGAUUCACCUUUUUGUUCAGAUAUACCCCAUUCUAGCAGAUAUGACUGCUGGCCUCAGUCUGAUGGGGUCACACAACAAAAGUGUGAAAAUAGGGGAUGCUGUUGGAGACCCUUUUCUGGAAACUCUCACCGGCUUGGUGGUGUUCCAUUUUGUUUCUUUCCAAGUGGUUACGAAGGUUACCAAGUGACAAGUUUACAGAAGUCAGAUACAGGAAUGAAGGUGAAGUUACAGCUGUCCCAACCAACAGUCUGGCCUGGCGAUGUACAGCAAGUUGCCCUAGAUGUUAUAUAUGAUACUCCUACAAGGCUUCAUUUUAAGAUCUAUGACCCAAAUAAUGCUAGAUAUGAGGUACCGAUCAAAUUGUCAAGGGCAAUCAAUCCUGUGACAGCAGUAAAAACAAAUUAUAACUUAUAUAUCCCAUCACAUGGACCUUUUUAUAUAACUGUUACAAGAAAAUCUUCUGGACAUGUAUUGUUUAGUUCACAGAAUGUUUCGCCAUUGGUAUUUGCUGACCAGUUUAUUCAGCUUGGUACUCAGCUUAGCACAAAGUAUCUUUAUGGGCUUGGAGAGCACAGGGCAGCAUUCCUUGUAAGCACUAACUGGACAAAAAGGGCUUUCUGGAGCAGGGAUCAGCCACCAUCUCCGGAUAGCAAUUUGUAUGGUGUUCACCCAUUCUAUCUAAAUAUUGAGAGAGAUAACAAUGCACAUGGAGUGUUCCUUCUAAACAGUAAUGCUAUGGAGGUUGAGGUACAACCAGCCCCAUCCCUGACAUACAGGACUACAGGGGGUGUACUAGAUUUCUAUGUGUUCACAGGACCAACCCCUGAUAAUGUGGUGCAACAGUACACAGAACUUAUUGGUCGACCCUUUAUGCCACCAUACUGGGCACUUGGCUUCCAUUUGUGCCGCUGGGGCUAUAAUGGAAUUGAUGGCAUGAAAGCUGUCAUCAACAGAAUGAGGGAUGCUAAAAUGCCCUAUGACACUCAAUGGAAUGAUAUAGAUUAUAUGUAUAAACAUCUAGACUGGACAUAUGAUACUUCCAAGUAUAAUGGACUUCCCGAUGUAGUAGCAGAUCUUCAUCAACAUGGACAACAUUACAUUAUGAUUAUAGAUCCAGGAAUUAGCAAUGCACAGUCAACAGGGACAUACCCACCAUAUGAUAAUGGUCUCAUGAUGAAUGUAUUCAUUAAAAAACCAGAUGGUUCUGGACCUAUCAUAGGAAAAGUAUGGCCUGGUUAUACAGCAUUUCCAGAUUUCUUCCACCCAAAUGCUACAAUUUACUGGACACAACAAGCUAAAUCAUAUCAUGAUGCUGUACCAUUUGAUGGUAUCUGGAUUGAUAUGAAUGAACCCUCAAAUUUUGUUGAUGGGUCUUUACAUGGUUGCCCUGAGAACACUUUGGAAAACCCACCUUUUGUGCCUCCAGUUUUGCUUGGGAGACAUUUAAAGUCGAAGACACUGUGUGCAUCAGCCAAACAAUACAUCUCAUCACAUUAUAAUCUACACAGUUUGUAUGGACACAGUGAAGCCAUAGCAACAAAAAGUGCCUUGGACAGUAUAAAGGGAAACAAGAGGAGUAUUGUGAUAUCCAGGUCAACCUACCCUAGCACUGGGGUUCACUCUGGUCACUGGCUAGGUGAUAACAAUGCUCAGUGGAUUGAUACAUAUUACUCUAUACCAGGUAUUUUGAACUUCAAUUUGUUUGGAAUUCCUCUGGUUGGGGCAGACAUUUGUGGGUUUAAUGGUAACACUACCACAGAACUGUGUACUCGAUGGAUGCAGCUUGGAGCAUUCUACCCAUUCAUGCGUAACCAUAAUACCAUUUAUAAUAUGGAUCAAGAUCCAGCCUCAUUUGACCAAGGUACACAGAAGAUAAUGAAAGAUGCCCUUAACCUGAGAUAUACUUUACUGCCAUACCUGUAUACAUUGUUCUAUAGAAGCCAUGUUGAUGGAAGUCCUGUUAUUAGACCUUUAUUCUUCCAGUAUCCAGUGAGCAAUAACAAUGUAACAUACGAGACAGAUGUACAGUUCAUGUGGGGAUCUGCUCUGCUUAUAACACCUACCACUUCACAGAAUACUUAUAAAGGUCGAGGCUACCUACCAAAAGAUCGUUGGUUUGACUGGUUUAAUCAUUCAUUUAUUGACUCACCAGGUCAUUAUAUAAUGUUUGACCUUCCAAUGGAACACAUUAACCUUCAAUUGCGUGGAGGGUCCAUUAUUCCUCUACAAAAGCCAAAUGUCACUACUACUAUGGCGAGAAAGAACAAGUUUAUUGUGUAUGCAGCUCUGGAUGCCAGUGGUACAGCUAAUGGUGAGAUGUACUGGGACGAUGGAGAAUCUAGGGAUUCAAUCAGUUCUGGAAGCUAUAACUUAGUCACCUUCAAAUUAUCCAAGGUAAUUAUAUGAUUAUUUGAGCUUUACCAAGAUCAUAUAUCAUGGGAAAAAUCUUCUUGAAAUCUAAAAUUCUUAAAACCUUAACAUGCUGGAACUGAAAUUGAU